UAUAAUUCAUGUUACUUGUUAUUAAACAUCUGGGUGUGGGAGUGUUUUUUAGUGGAGGUAAUGGUUUCAUUAAAAAUAUUCUGAACAUAGAUCUAGCCUAGAUCUAUAGUUCAUUUAGUCAUUUAGUUUAGUCGACUUGCUAUUUAAAUGACCAAAAGAGAGACGGAACAGUGGUCAGUACAGCGUCCUAGUAACAACACCCGGUAUCACCUUCUAGGAUCUAGAUCUACUUCUACAGGAAAACAGAUAAAGAUAGUCAUCAGUGGACAGCUUGGUUUACCCUAUGAAAGCAAAAUGGGUCCAGGACGUAGAUCAAUAUCUCUAUGUGUACCAGAAGUGAAUUCCAAGCCAUACCGCCAGUAUGCUGAUGUCGUUCCAGUUGUUGUAUCGGAAAAAAAGGAGCCAGAGCAGGGUGGUGUUGGAUUGUCGAACUUAUUUACCUACUCCAACCUCGUUCAUGCAGUGUCAGGAGCAACAGGCAGUGUGGUUGCUAUCUCAGUCUUUUACCCACUCGACACAGUGAGGACACGGUUGCAAGUUGAUGAUCAAAGGCGAGCCAAAAAUACUUUCCAAGUGCUCAAAGACAUCUUCACUGAGGAAGGGCUUGAGGGGCUGUACCGGGGCUGGUUUCCUGUGGUGACUGCCAUCUGCUGCUCCAACUUCGUCUAUUUCUAUUCUUACAAUGGGAUCAAGUCGUCACUUCUGGGCAAACGCAAAAAAACGUCCCCCCUUGUUGACUUGUGUGUGGGUUUUGCUGCAGGCAUCCUCAAUGUGCUCAUCACGACCCCCCUGUGGGUGGCCAACACCCGCCUCAAGCUGCAGGGAGCCAAGCUGUACACAGAACACUACCAGCAAGGGGGAUCCAGCCUGCCGGGGGACUCUGUCCGGUAUAACGGGAUCAUAGAUUGCCUUAGGAAGAUUCUGGAGACUGAAGGAGUAAAGAAAUUGUGGUCUGGUACCGUGCCUUCACUCCUUCUUGCCUCCAAUCCUGCUAUACAGUUUAUGGUGUACGAGGCGCUCAAACGCUACUUUCGGCGAACUCUGAAAGUUGAGGAAUUGAGUGGACUGAUGUACUUCCUGAUAGGCGCAAUAGCAAAAGCUGUGGCAACAGUUGUCACAUAUCCUCUGCAAGUGGUACAGAGUCGACUGCGGGCUGGUUAUGCGAAGCUGGAAACCUCUCAAACUCUCCUGGAAAACUUGAUUCAUUUAGUCAGGACCCGAGGUUUUGGCUCUCUGUACAAGGGCAUGGAGUCGAAGCUGUUGCAAACUGUUCUCACGGCUGCCCUGAUGUUCUUCACCUAUGAGAAGAUAUCUUCCACCAUAUUCCAUCUGAUGAGUGCUGGAAAAGGCAAAGCUUGACGUUAACGAAAAAAUUAGUUUGGACAGUUUUACUUUGUAACUUUUCUUUCUUUUAUUUCAGGGCAAUUAGUGGAUGUUAUGUUUUUAUGUUUUGCUUUUGUAUUUAUUGGCAGUUGCCCCAAGGACACAUCCCUCACUUUUGUCCUGUGAAAUAGAUGGGAAUUGAGGUCAUUAUGUCAUGUUUGUCAAUGGUCUUUUUCAGUAAACUGUCUGUACAUAGUCAAUACUUCUUUGUAUGAAAGGUGGUUAGUGUCUUUCGUCGUGAUACUUAUUUAUACUAUUACAUUUUUUAUUUGGGGUGCAUGGAAUAAUUGUUGUUGAUAUUAUUUAGAGAAAGAUUUUUAU